GAUGACCACACUCUUGAGCAAACUGCUGCUGAAAAACCAAUGUUUGGUUCUCAGAAUUAGUAUGGGAUCUGUGGGAUGAUGUGUGUUCUGUUUAAAUCUGAAUCAUUAAUGAUGAUGGUGUUUGUGUGUGUGUGCGUGUGCGUGUGUGUCUGUUGCCGUGUGUGUGUGUUCCUCUGCAGAUGGAAGACUAAUAAUCUACAGGCUGGCUGCUGUGUGUUUUGGAGUGCUGUGUGUUCUACAAGUCACUCUCAACAUCUCCCUGAGACUGGAUUUCUUCCACUCCAACAGAGAGAGAGAGCAGUUAAACGGCUGUUACAACACCACUAUGAUGGAUCUGUGUACAGAGAGAGACCAGUGCCGGAUGAACAGAAACCAGCUAGAGAGGGAGAGAGACAAAGUGAAAAUGGACAAAAAACAGUUACUGGAGCGUUACACUGCCCUGGCUACAGAACGGGACAGGUUGAGAAACAGGGUCAGUCUUCUGACCAAUGAGAAGGUGGUGCUCUCUAGCUGUGGUACUGGAAGAGUGGUGGAAGGGAGUGGCAUGGCAGUCCAAACGAUGAGGACUGUGUUAAAGUGUCCUAAAGGAUGGAGGAUGUUGGGAUCCAGCUGUUACUUCUUGUCUACUGAGAGGAAAACCUGGGAGGAGAGCAAAAUGGAUUGUUUGGCGAGAGGAGCAGACCUGGUGAUCAUAAACAGCAGACAGGAACAGUUGUUGUACCAGCUGGAUGGUGAUGCAGAUCUCCUGGUCUGGAUUGGUCUGACUGACUCCGUUAAUGAGGGGUCCUGGAAAUGGGUGGACGGCACACCACUGACCACAUCGUACUGGAAGAGUGGUAAGCCGGACCAUGGUGGUACCAACAACAAGGAUUGUGUCGAGGUCAACCAUCGGGACAACGUUUUGGCCAACUGGAACGAUGCACCAUGCAACCACACGCUGCAUUGGAUCUGUGAAAAAUUACAGAAAUAGCUACAUAUAGGUCAAAUCCACAUCUUGUUUAGAUGUGUUUAUUUUAUUGUUGCACAUUAACAUUUUCCCUAGGAUUGUGUAAUUAACUGAGCACAUGCAUUUGCAUGGUACAUGGUAUUAUCUUUCUGUCUUUCAGCUGUAAUUCAUUUUUGGCAAUAUAUUAUUGGCAGACUUUUGGAUCAGUCACAAUACUGUAUUGUUUUCAGCUUUGUCCUUUUCCCUCUAAACAGUUUAUCCAUAUUACUUCUAUGAAAUGGUAUUGUACCAUCUAAUCCGCUGUGAGAUAUAUUUUCAUCUGUUUCAAUCUGGUGUCCAAAACCGAAAGUAAAAGACCAUAAGACAGAU